AUGCAGGAAACGCAGCAAAUGAAUUACACUGGGGCAACUCAUUGUACAAGAUUCCUGUUGUCCGUACUCCCGAAGUUCUACUACGACCAGACUGAUAAAGCUUUCCACUCAAUGGUUGACUUCAUUACAAGGGACAUCGGUAAUCUGACAAAGAAGGGUGUUGCAGGACCAGAUGGCCUGUCUUACUAUGUGGCCAUCAUCUCAAUCAAAGGCGAUUGGCCUUUCCUUCACAAGGUUGGUGGUCUUCGCAGAAGCUUUUAUAACCAGCCAAAGAGAUCUGAGGCAAAGAAAGCAUGUGUAGGGAUUUGCCACUGGUGUCAGGCAGGACAGCCAGGAAUUCCGUUUGAAGACUUGUCACCAAACUGCGAAUGGCAGUUCACCCUUGGAGUUGAAACUCCUUGGGUGGAACAGCCCAUCGUCCUCAAGAAUCUAUGUCAUGACCGCUCUUUUCCUGAAUCGUUCCUGCACCCAGACCCCUGGCAUGGACAUCACCUGGGUGAAGGGCGCAACUUUGUCUGUAACAUCAUGAGGUUACUUUUGGACAUUACACCAGGACGAAACGUGGACAUCAGACUUGACACCCUGUUCAACGAAUACAGAAGUUUCUGUCAACGUGCUCACACCCAAUGUUAUUGCACCAAGUUUACGGAGAAUCUGUUUGGAGUGAAGUCUCCCAAUGACUUUCCCAAUGGGUCGUGGACAAAAGGAAACUUUACAACUUCCCUGGUGAAAUGGGUUGCUUCAUUUUUGCAGUCAAAACGGAACAUCUUUCAUCCAGGGAGUUUGUUGGAGAAAGCUGCACAAGCUGCUAUGGAAAUUGACUUGUGCUAUCGAAAAAUGUAUCUUGCACCGCUUUGGAUUGAUGCUGCUGAAGCUAAAGUGAUAGCAGGGCAUGGCCUGCAGUUUCUGGAAAUUUACCAAGCACUGGCCACACAAGCUUCAAGAGAAGGACGUGCCCUAUUUCUUUACAACAGCAAAAUUCACAUGAAUGACCACAUAUUCAGAAACCUGGCAUGGGAAGCUGAGAUGGCCCCAGUGGCCCUGAAUCCAAUGACUUGGGGCGUACAGUUAGAUGAAGAUCUGAUUGGAAAGGCUUCACGUCUGACUCGCCAUGUUAGUUCAAAGCCAGCUUUCACAAUCAAACGUACAUUACAAAGGUGGUUGAUCGCAAGUUUUGCAGCUUGGUCUAAAGCUGGAAUGUUGGAGAGAAUCUGA